CUCAUACAAAUAGAUUGGGACAACAAAGGUCAUCGCCUAAUUUGACCCAUCUGAUCUGUGUUAUGACUCAACCAGGCGCUAUCUUCCCAUGCUCGAUCGGAACUCUGGAGCCUGAGCAAGGAUCAAUAUAGAUCCCCCCCCCCCCCCCACAUGUCGGUUUAUCGUCGACUCCGCAUUCUGCACGCUUGCGCAAUUCUUCCCCCAUCUAGCUAGGAUUGAUGUACUAUUGAAGAUGAGUGGUAUACACAAAUUUCUCACAAGGCGUGAGCGAAACAAUAAAGAUGGAAAGCCUGCUAAAGACGAGACGUCGAAUGUGCUGUCUCGUCCUCACUUCCGAGGUCUUUUCUCAUCAGAUAAACUUCCCUCUACAGACUCAAGUGAGGAACAAAAGAAGAUCAAAAUCCUGGAGCAACGUGUUGCGCGACUUGGUAUUACCGGUCUGAAGGAGGAACACUUUGUAUAUGCGAUUCAGUCUGAACAUGCGCAGGGCGAUGUGGACAAGGCUUUUGAGUUGCUGCUGCUCCUCGAGGAUUCGAUUGAGGGCAUAAUAAGAGGCUAUACGCCAAGCACUAAGCUUCGCGGCGCAGUAAACCGCGAAGGGGUGACUUGCUACCUGGACGCUUUACUAUUUGCGAUGUUCGCCCGGCUGGAUUGUUUUGAGGCUAUUCUCUACAAAUCCUUCAACGACGAGUCUCGUCGGAAACUCUGCAUUCUAUUAAGGCUUUGGGUCAACAUGCUCCGGUCUGGAAAACUUAUUACUACUGAUCUUACCAAGCACUUGCAAGAUGCACUCGCCGAAUGCGGUUGGGAGGAUGCAGCCAGACUACGACAACAGGACACGUCCGAGGCAUUCACAUUCAUCACGGGAAAACUUGAGCUUCCACUUCUCACACUCAAAAUGGACAUCUACCACACAGGGAAGGAAGACGUGAGUGGCGAUCAUAAAUUUAUCAAUGAACGAUUGUUGGAGGUCGCUAUCCCUGAGCCUGUUGAUGGCGAAACAGUCACACUGGAAGACUGCUUGGAGUCAUAUUUCAACAAUCGAAUUGAGGUGAAACGCUACAUGGAGCGGCGUCAUACAUUAGGCUCAACAAAAUCUCUGGAUUCUCUUUCUAAAGGUUGCACAACCCACGUUGAAGAGGUUGGCACGCCGCUAUCCCCCUCUUCCAGCCAGCCACCUUCACCCCGUUGGGACGAAACCCCACCAGUGAACUCCUUGACAGAAGUCAUUGAGUCUGAUCCUCCUCCCUACCGUCGCAACAGCAUUCUUCAAGAACGAUUCGUACCAGACACAGAGAACGGGGAUGACAAGGACGGCGUACUUACGUCUCAGCGGAGGGGUUCCUAUCGCAAAGAAGUCAUGAUGCCAGCGUGGCAAUUUUUCAGCCUGAUACCGUGGUAUACGGACAACACGCCCACUAGCGAUGCCCAAGUCGCCGCACAUUUCUCUUCUAAGCGUCCAAUCUUAGGCAUGUGCCUAAAACGAUAUUCUAUGCUGCCUAAUGGCAAAGCAGUCAGACUGAACACCUUUGUUGACAUUCCAACGGAGAUAGGGCUUCCCCAUUUCAUCAAGGAUGACAAUAUGAAUGAAGAAGGCCCGAUUUAUGGGAAUUUUAAGCUAUCGCUGCAAGCGAUGGUGUGCCACCGGGGAACCUCAGUAGAUUCAGGACAUUAUAUAUCAAUUGUCAGGGGCACCAGUGCUGGUGCACCCCCAGCUAGCUCCCAUGGAUCGGAAGAUGACACCUUCUCGGACACUCCAAAAUACUGGAUGCGCUUUGAUGACUUAGCAGCUGAGCGGGUUACGUUGAUUGACAUUGAGCAAGCACUCAAGACCGAGUCGCCCUACCUUUUGUUCUAUCAGAUCUUACCGAUUCAUGAGGAUGCGGCGGCAGUCAAUCUAGGCUACAAGCCGCCAUCGUCUGACACAUCUCGGGACUCUGGUGAGCUAGAUGCCGUCAGCAUCCCCAGGAAGCUACAAGCGCUGGCUCUGGAUGAUACAAUCAUCGAUGGUAUAGAGGGGAACAGAUCUGCUCGGCCCAGUUUUGAGAUCACCAGCCCAGAUGGCGCGGAUCCUGUCCCUGUGGACUCUAAUGGAAGGAAGCAGAGCGUGACCUUCUCUGAAGCUUUUGAGCCCGGGCUUCAGAUGCAGUCUAACCCAUCGACUUCACCUAGGUUAACUCCGCGGGACGAGGAAGGCAGGAACUCGUUCUCAUUCUCUCGACGCGGUUCUAGAGCAACAAGGAGCACCCCGGGAAGUCGCACCGGGAGUCAAGCCAGUGAGAAUAGAAUCAGCUUCAGCUUCUCGCGGUUCACUGGUCGGCUCAGCCGGGACCGAUUCGCAGAAAGCGAAGGCGAAGACGAAGAGAUAGCGGAGAACGAGCUUGCUCCACACGACCGUCUUCCACCGCCGCCUACAGAGCGGAAGGAUAGAAGCCCUAGACGGACUCGAGACUCGGAUCGAUAUCGAGACAAGAUCAAAGACAAAUCUCGUGAGAAAAUUGGACGGAAAUUGGACCGCGAAUGCACAGUAAUGUGAAAUGGUGGUUGGUGUAUUUCUUGCUAUUGUCUUUGUUCUUGUUGUACAACGUCGCCUCUGG